UUGCUCCCUUCGUGGUCCGGACGCUCGCUCGGGGGCCGGGGCUGAGACCCCCGCUUCACUGGGACCCCCGCCUUCGCUCAGCUCUCGCUCGGGACCAUGACCUCUGAGGUGGCGCGGCACCUGCUCUAUCAGUCUCACAUGCCAACAAAAACAACUUGUCUGUCCUCACAAGUAUCUGAUGAUGAACAGAAACAAAAAAAAGAAAAUAUUCGUUCUUUAACUAUGUCUGGCCAUGUUGGUUUUGAGAGUUUGCCUGAUCAGCUGGUCAAUAGAUCCAUUCAGCAAGGCUUCUGUUUUAAUAUUCUCUGUGUGGGGGAGACUGGAAUUGGAAAAUCAACGCUGAUUGACACAUUGUUUAACACUAAUUUUGAAGACCAUGGAUCCUCACAUUUUUACCCACAUGUUAGACUUAAAGCCCAGACAUAUGAACUCCAUGAAAGUAAUGUUCGAUUGAAAUUGACCAUUGUGAAUACAGUAGGAUUUGGUGACCAAAUAAACAAAGAAGAGAGCUACCAACCGAUAGUUGACUACAUAGAUGCUCAGUUUGAGGCCUAUCUCCAAGAGGAGCUGAAGAUCAAGCGCUCUCUCUUUAACUACCACGAUUCUCGCAUCCAUGUGUGCCUCUACUUCAUCUCCCCUACAGGUCACUCUCUGAAGACACUGGAUCUCUUAACAAUGAAGAGCCUUGACAGCAAGGUGAACAUUAUACCAGUGAUUGCCAAAGCAGAUGCAAUUUCUAAAGCUGAAUUACAGAAGUUUAAGAUCAAGCUCAUGAGUGAAUUGGUUAGCAACGGUGUUCAGAUAUAUCAGUUUCCAACAGACGAUGAAACUAUUGCUAAAAUCAAUGCUUCAAUGAAUGGACAUUUGCCGUUUGCUGUUGUAGGAAGUACGGAUGAGGUAAAAGUUGGAAAUAAGAUGGUCAAAGCUCGCCAGUACCCUUGGGGUGUUGUACAAGUGGAAAAUGAAAAUCACUGUGACUUUGUAAAGCUCCGGGAAAUGCUCAUUUGUACAAACAUGGAAGAUCUGCGAGAACAGACCCACACUAGGCAUUAUGAACUUUACAGGCGUUGCAAACUGGAAGAAAUGGGCUUUACAGAUGUGAGCCCAGAGAAUAAGCCACUCAGUCUUCAAGAAACCUAUGAAGCCAAAAGACAUGAAUUUUAUGGUGAACGUCAGAGGAAGGAAGAAGAAAUGAAGCAGAUGUUUGUGCAGCGAGUAAAGGAGAAAGAAGCCAUAUUGAAAGAAGCUGAAAGAGAGCUGCAGGCCAAAUUUGAACACCUCAAAAGAGUUCACCAAGAAGAGAGAAUGAAGCUUGAAGAGAAGAGAAGACUCUUGGAAGAAGAAAUAAUUGCUUUCUCAAAAAAGAAAGCUACCUCAGAGAUAUACCAGAACCAGUCCUACAUGGCAUCGGGCAGCAACCUGAAGAAGGACAAGGACCGUAAGAACUCCAAUUUUAUGUAAAACAAAGGUUCCAGAUCACAGAAGGUCAUCACAAGCAAAAAUUAUUAAAAUGUUAGAAGUAUA